AUGACUUCCAACACCGGCGUCUCUGCAAACGACUCUUCUUAUUUCGCCCGUCCCAGCAAGAUUGUAAAACCGAACAGUCGGAACAGCAGCCCGCGGAACUUGGGCAGAAGGAAAACUACGACGGCCGCAUGCUCGUCCUCCCGAACAAGAUCUGUUGUCGACCAUCUUCGCUCAAACUCUCAAUGGCAGAACUCGACCCCGGCACGAUCCCGGCCGGUUAGUUGGCAUCCAGACUAUUUCCAGGCACCCAACUUCAAUCUCAGUCCCACCGUGAAUGGAGGACACUCGUCGUGUUGGGGGUUUUCAACGGCCCAGGUCAACGGUCUUAUCACACCGGUCGCCUACACGCCGAUGAACGAGCCUCAGAUCCAGGAAUUCUUCGCACCCCUGGACGAUCUUCCAGGCUUAGAUCCGAGGUUGGCCUACGACGGCCGGGAGUAUUGCCAACAGGUAUGGCCAGGCCAAAGCGAGCCUGAACCGUACUCUCUUCCUCUCCAUGCCCAGCCGUCUCCAACGCAGUCAUCAUGGCAAUCCAACCAUAUGUCGAUGGACCCAAAUGUCCGAACAGCGCCCUCCUCUCCGGAUUGCCCGCCAGUACAGAACAUUGGGCUUGACACCCUAUCGCUCGGCAACGUCGACACGAAGUCGAAGGAUAGCUCGGAGGAAUUGGUUGCCAUGGGCCUGUAUGACUCUCCCGCCGAGGUCCAGUCAUCGUCCCUCUUGUUUGGCGGACUUUCCGGCUCAGGGAGCAAGGCGCUGAAACUCGCGGAGUCCUUUGAGCCGACCGAGCAGGAAUGCGACGCGGAGGAAGAAGAAGUAGAAGGCGGUCAAACCGACGACGACGACGACGACCAGCUGCCGGAAGAAGCUGACGAGAAGUGGCAUACACCUGCUGCCACCGACUACGACUCACACUCCAUUGCGAGCCAUAUGACGUAUGGCAUGCAGCCACGACCGGAGCCUCUGGCCACCCAGUAUUUGGCGACCCUGAGGCAGAUGAACAGCGCCUACUACCCACCAGAAUAUACCCAUCAAGACCCUGGUUAUGGAUGGAUCUGA